AUGGAUCGAACUAGUAUGAGCAACCUCGAUAAAGACAUAACUGUGGUCCCAUUGAACGACGAGCGCUAUGAAGAGAUGCCGAGUCCACAUGUGAGACUUCGCACGGGAACUAUCGGCAGCGAAGACUAUAAUGACAAAGGUGCGAACCUUCGCAUCGAUAUGGAUCAGGAUCAAAAAAAGUCAAUCAAAGCACAAAUGUUUUCGUCAGAGUUCCGAUUCAAUGCGGAAUUGUCACUGCGUGUCGCCUGUGGUGUGAUCGUUGCUUCGUUUAUUCAAAUGCGUGACCCAGGUUACGACACUUCCAUUGAACACGACAAGAAGUGGUUCUUCUUUCCGAAAUGGUACUAUCUUGGUGGUCUCAGUUAUUGUGCUGUGGCUGUCAUCUUUUCUGCGGGGAAGAAUAUCGGUGCGACGUUGACCCAGGUCUGUCAGGCCUUUUACGGUGUCGGGAUGGCGCUGUUGUUCAAUCUCGGUCUCUUUUCGUUUGUCGAUGUACACACUUUCAACAACUCGUACGAUGGCUAUUUCUUGAUUGACAAGAAACUAUCUUUUGGAGGGUCUCAGUAUUAUGUCAACUCGCACAACUUUUACGCUGUGCUGCCGUAUAUGGUGAUCUUUACCGUCGCCAUUCUACUGUUGCCGCUCGAGACGAACACCAAGAAGUUUGCGCUGGCCAACAACCUUUACUUCACGCUGACAAUUAUCAACCCCGCGGACCCACUAGACUCCUCCAAGCUCAAGGCUACUGGUGACACGUACUUUGAGACCAGCAAUAUCUUGAACAACCUUGCGAUGUACUUCCUCGUGGGUUUUGUUGGAACGCUCAUUUCGCUGCUCAUCAUGUUUAUUCCGUAUCCCAUUUUUGCUACCGUGAAGCUGCGCGAGGAAACAAGUAAGGCCUCUGGUGAUGUUCUGGAUCUGCUGAAUGUCAUUGUGGACUCGUACUGCUUCAAGAACAAGAACGUGGAUCACAUGAACUUUUUGAAACUCAAACUUCAGCGCAAGUUUAAUGCAGCAGGCGAGCGUCAUCGUCGAAUGAUUGCUUUGCUGGAUGACGUGUGGUGGGAGCAGCUAUUUGGCUUCCAUCUCAUUUUCAAGUUCAAUUGUUCCGUGUCAAAGGGAUACGUGCGGCUUAUUGGAUCCCUGAUUGCCGACUUGCGAUCACUAAACAACGCCAUGCAACUCGAGCAAUACGACAACUUGCACUUUAUGUACAUGAAGGUUCUUCAGCGCGAAAUCUACAUCAUUCAGAUGCGAUCUGGAGAUCUACUUCACGAGAUUUCUGGCGAGAUUCAUGCUUCAUCUCAACAACUUAAUCUCCAGACGAUAGAACAACUGCAAAGUCAAGUGGAAAACACCCUUCGCCGCUACCGAGAAACCCAGAUUCGUUUGCUACAAUCACAGAAGAUCACGAUGAAAGACGUUGAAGGCAACGUUCCGCUAAACCUGUUCCUGUUCUCGCUUAACUCGUUCUGCAGUACUCUGAUCGAGUACCAAGACACCCACAACAAGAAGGACUUUCAUGGUGGUCGUCGUGCUCGGUCUUUUAUCACGCAAUCGAUCAAAAACUUUUUCAUGAUGCACCGAUACACUCGAGCACGAAUUCUGGAAGCUGCGCGAGUAUCGGUUGCUAUUAUCAUGGGUACCUUCUUGGCCGUGUACAUGUACGACUUCAGCUCCACUACGCCAUCCGCUGUAGCUUAUGUGAUGGGCAAUCACAUUGGAGGUUCGUUCAGCGUCACGGUGAAUCGUGUUGGUGGUGUCGUGGCCGGCAGCGUCAUUCCCUCGGUUUUUCAGUUUCUCAUUUCCCAAAUUUGCAGCCCACAAUUCAUGAACGUGUUCCUAUCUGACUUAGUGCUCUUCAUUUGGGUCAUGGUGUCCAUGUACGUGAGUUUUGUCGACGGUUACAGCUCAUACGCUGGUUUGGUGUCGGCAUUCAUUGCCGCGGAAGUUCUACUUCGCCAGUCCGACGUAUGCUAUGCCAACGGUUCGGACAGUUCGUCGACGAUUGCAAUCGGCUCCUACUCAAGUCUUGCCCAGACAUCUGUGGGUCUGAUACUGUUUAUUGUGUUAGAAAUGGCGAUGUGCCCCGAAAGCGCAACAAGUUUGCUGCGCAAGAACAUCCAACAGACACUGAAGCUACAGCAGAAGGCUUUCAGUAUUUUGUUUGGACACCAUCUUUCGAGUUCUGGACAAAUGAGCGAUGUGAUUGUCGAUGAAGUCCGUGAUAUUCUCCAAGUGCAGAUUCCUGCACAACUUGUGGAGCAGCAAGCGCUACUGAAGGAGGCUCAAGCCGAGCCGCAAAUGUGGCGGCCUGCAUUCUCGAAACAGAAGUACGAAGCCGUGUUCGAUUGCACUUGCCGCUUGUUGAACAACAACAACUUGCUUUUUAAACUUGUACGUUGGUACAACUACCGAGUGAAGCAGAACUUGGCGCAGACGAGUGCGGUCGGCAUUCGCGACAUAGGUACUGAGAGCGCACGGGUACUUGACACAAAUGGGACGACCCAUACAAAGUGGCAGGAGGCUAGCAAUCAGUUCUUGGCCUCUGUUGACGACACGUUUAGCACCUUGCAAAUGCUUUUUGGCGAGUCCUUCUUGUACUCGAAUCCAGACCAAACAGCGAUUUUCAUGCAGAUGAAGGAAGCUUUUCGAGUGGCUGACAAGGACUGCAGUGGAGAGAUUGAUGCCGAGGAGGUAGCGGUCAUGCUUGAGACGAUCUUCGCCCAGUCGGGUGCAGUCAAACAAGAGGAUAUUACCAAGUACGUCGCGGACUUUAUGGAAAUUGUCGACAAGGAUUGCAGUGGGAAGGUGUCUUUUGAGGAGUUUAUGGCAGCUCUGGAAGACGGCCUUAAACUUGAAGUGGAAGUUUACCAUCGCCGAAAACCCAAGGCUGCAGCUCUCAAGCAGCCCUUGAACAGCAUUAAUGAAGAUAGUCGCGCUGUAUCUCGCGGAAGUUGCAGCGCCACGUCUUCUGGAGGUACCGGCAUGUCGAAAAUUACGAGCAGUAUACUCGAGUCAAAUACGCCAAAGAAGUUUGGUCGAGUAAUGAGUGCCGCGUCUUCAUCGCAGAACACGCCAAAACAAAUUUCAAGUUUCAUGAAACAUGCGUCAACAAUGAUGACUUCGCCCAUUCGUCGUGAGCACGAUGUGCUAAAUGUGGAGGCCUUUACUGCGAGUGAUAUUGCUGCUCAGAUGAAGUCUGCGUAUGUGGAGUGGCUGAUGGAAGGACAUCGAUUCAAGCGAGUGGCAAUGGAGGAGCUUUUGUUACUAAACUGUCUGGUUAGCGGUGCCGAAGGCAUUGCUAGGAACCUGACGCUCCUGGAAGAAAUUGUCAUCUCUUCGUAG